AUGCAGACAAGCAUCCUAGUAUAUGAACCUGUUCUACUGCUUCUGGAAGGAGUGGGGUCCGCUGAGGGGACUGCGCCUAACUGUAAUAGGGUUGCUGUGAACCAUGUUGACCUUUCACUUGAAAGUCUUAAUUGUUUUUCAAACUCAGAAAGAAGUUUUAAUGCUAAUGAAGCUGCAGUGGCAUCAUGCACACAACAAAAGAAAAUUGAAGAACUAGAAGCACAACUUCAGGAAGCUGAAGACAUUGUAAAAGACCUCAGGGAAGAGUUGAGUGCAGUUGAAGCAGAACUUGAAAGGUUCCCAAGAAGCAAACAAGUAAAGCAUCAUGUACAAGUAGAUAAUGCAUCAAUUCCCGAACCCCUGUUACCGAAGGAUUUACCUUCUAUAAUCUUGAGAAGCAAAGAAACCGAAUUGUAUAGAAAUGGGUGUAAUCAAAGAAUCCAAGCAUGCGAACAGACCCCACCCGAAAUAGAUGACACAAAGCCCGAGUUAAUUGUCAAAGAGGAUGAAGUAGUUGAUAAAUUACAUAUAGCACCCUCUGUGGAGGAGAAAGAAGUAGUAAAGGAGAUGGAUCUAACGGCUGGUAAUUCAUGUUUGACUUCUCCAACUUCAGUCAAACUUUUAGAGGAAAACUCUGACAAAGAUUUAAUAAGAACGUGUAAUGGUGAAAGCAGAAUUACAUAG